AUGUAAAUUAGAUGUACUUAAGCAGAUCAUCGAAAUCAAUAAAUAAUUGGGUUUUGUAUAGAUAGUACAUGCCAAAACUAAAGACCUUAUUGUAAUUUUUGUUUGCCUCGCCAUAGCUAACAUCUUGAAAUGUUAACAUCCAUAGAACUUUUGUAUGAAUGGAUUAAGCAAGGAAUCAUUAAGAUUAAAGAUUUUGAAAAAAAUGUUUAAGAAUUUAAAGUCGCCCUUGAUAGUCUUAAUGAUAUGUUCCUUCCUUAUCUUAACUUUAAUAUUUAACGAUUCCCAUAAUUAGGAAUAUCAGAGAUUGACAAAUUAAUAAAAGAUUUAUGUGAAAUAGAAGAUUAUGAAAAAAAUUUAUACAAAUAACUUAUGCAAUCAAUUGAAUAAGGAAAAUCAAUAGUAAAUGAAAUACGUAGAAAAAAAAAGAAUUAAUCUAAUUUUGAGUAAAAUAAUCAUUUAUAAAUUCGAAACUUUAAAAUUGAAAAAUUGCUUUUAGAUAUUCCUUGCGUAUUAAAACCAUUUAGUUAUGAAUUAAUAAAAGAAAAUUCUAUUAAGUAAAAUGAUAAUUGUUUUGCAAUUGCUCUGAAUAAAAAUUGUUAAAUUUUAGCAGCGAGUUGUGGUAAACAAAUAAAAAUAUAUGAAUUCGAGUAAGGAAAGUUGAAAUUACAAUAAGUCUUAAAUGAACAUAGAAAAUGGGUUAGCACUUUAAAUUUCAUGAAAAAAUAAAAUCAAUUGAUAUCUGGAGAUGGUGAUGGAUCUAUUAUAUUUUGGUCAAAAAAUAAUAAUAAUUAAUGGGAUUACUCAUAAAUAAUCAAAGCACAUAAUGAUAGUAUUCGAUGUUUAAUAUUAAAUACUAAUGAAGAUAUGAUUGUAUCUAGUGGAGGUGAUAAUACUAUUAAAUUUUGGAUUAAAUAAAAUGAAUGGAUCUGUUAAUAAAUUAUCACAAAUCAUAAUAGUUGUGUUUGUUAAUUAAGUUUAAAUGAUUAAGAAAAUAUAGUUAUUUCUUGUGGAAUGGAUAAAUAAAUAUUAGUAAUUCAAUACUCUCAAUAAGAUUAAAAGUGGAUUGUAAUUGAUAAUAUUAAAACUAAAUCUUAUGGAGAUAGAAUAUGCUUUAUCAACAAUUAAUAUUUUGCAUUUCAACCCUCUAGAGGCGAAUAGAUACAUAUCUAUGAAUUGAAUAGUGUAAAUAACAAGUUUGAUAGAAAAAAAGAUAUUUUUCUAAAUGAAGGUAAUGAUAUGUGUGGAUUAUUUCCAUAAUAAUUUAUUAAAUCAAAAUAAUUAUUAUUGAAUAAGCAUCAUUAAUAUAUUUAUUUAAUUAGAAAGACAUAAAAUGAUGAAUUUAAAAUUGAAUAGUCUAUUGAAUUUAGUAGCACCUCUAUAAAUGGGUAUAUGAGUGAAGAUGGAGAAUAUUUGAUCACUUGGGAUGAUUCAUCUAAGGAAAUAUAAAUCAGGAAGUAUUAAGAAAAAUGA